AUGUGCACAGCUCCUCCAUCGGCCGAAGUAAGAAUGAAUCCGUAUCCAAGUUUCGGAUCAAAUCCGUUGUUUUAUUGGGAGGAACUCCGAACAGGCGCUAGACAGAAUUUUUUGGAGAGACCGGAGCCCCACAUUCGACCGAAUGCCCCAAUGGAUGAAGAGAUGUUGGAAGCCGCCAUCCAGUUUGUGGAUGAACUUGUUGAACUUGGAGUGCUGAGACACAUUGACGAGGGCCUCAAAGUCCUCACCAAUGCGCCACUUUUUGUGGUCGGCAAAGACGGACAGCCUGGCGAGUGGAGAGUAAUUGCGGACAUGCUACGCGGCGGCCAGAACGAUUGUGUGGGACAAGAUCCGGUCUUCAUGCCAAGGAUUGCCCACAUUGUCGACCAAAUGUACACUGGCGGAUUCUCUGCAGUUGUGGACUUGUCCAAGUUCUUCUACAACUUUCCAACACACCCAGAAGACCGGCCGUAUCUUGGUCUUCUACACCCAAAAACCGAGGAGCUGUUGACAUACUACGGGCUUGCAAUGGGGGCUGGAAACAGCCCAGCCAUUGCAUGCCGAAUUGGAUUGGCCUUUGUGCGUUUGGUGAAAGAAAAGUUUGAUGUCUUCCAAGGAGAAGCCAAGGCCAACUGCUACUGGACCGGCUUCCGCUCAGAUGGGAAUUCCCACCAUAGCAUUUGA